UCGUUAUUCAUCGUUUCAAGUAAGUAUCUGUCGUUACAUGUUGACCCUAUGUAGUCUUAUGAUGUGUUGUGAUUUUAGCUCUGGAUGGUGCGACAGACGUGGAUCAAAACAGGUGUACAUCUGAGAACGCAGGCGGAUCUCACAAUAACCAGACAAGGAUGAAUGAUCGACGAAACAUGGACGCCAGCAUGUUAGCAGGCAGUGUGAUCGACCUGAACUGUGCAAGUGGAAGCACGUCGGCGCCCUCCUCAGGUAGGACAUAAUUGGAAUAAUGACCACCCAUAUAGUACGUCACGCUAAGAGGGGAAGAAGGAAGUAUAAAAAUGUGACAAGCAAAUGUAAUUAGAUCGGAUAAAACCUUGUGAAAAUUCCUUGUUUUAGCCUGACGUGCUCAAUGAAUGCUCUCUCAUAGGUAAUUUUAUUUGAUUAAAAUAUGAUCAAUUUUAGGUACGCAAGGUGCGGAGCAUGCAAUGGAAGAAGAACAAAUUUUAUCUCAUCAACAACCUUUGGAGCGAUACGAUGACCACUACUCCUUCGACAUGGUGGCAAUGGGCAUGAAGGCUGGAUCGGAAACGUCUGGCAAACGAUCAGAUGUUGAAAGCUCAAUGAGCGAUGAUCUUCGUGGCCAUUGCUCUGAACAGCCACCAACAGGUACCCCCGAUCCUGAUGAACAAUUCGAAUAUAAAGGUAUACGACUAACCAAAUCGAAAACAAAAAUCAUUGAAAUUCCUGCUCUUGUCGCUGGACAAAUGAUUGAUCAAAAGCUAGAUUGUUACUGCGCUGCUUGCAUAAAGUGGGCUGCAUAUCGAAGUUCAGCAAGCAUAUCUCAAGGCGAGGAACUAAAACAUUCAUCUGAAACAAGCGCUGAAACUCCAGUAGCUGAAAGAAUGACCCAAAUUUAUCGCUGUUUUGGUUCAUUACGACCAAGGAAAAAAGUUAUUGAGCGGCUCGGGUGUUUUGUGCCAAAAUGCAAACGGAAGCGUGGAUUGACCAAAAAAGUUGUCAAGAAGAGGUAAAUAUUGUGUGUGUGACUUUCGUGUAAUGUAGAUGUGCCUUUAAGGUUGAAGGAUUCUUCAUUGACCUCUUCAAACCUCCCCCCCCCCUUGUGCACGGGCUUGCCACUGUGGAAAUAACAGAUUUGAACGAGAAAACUACUUUCGAAUUUUCGAUGAUGACAGUUAUAUCAGAGACGAAUCUUCCAACCUUAAUGACUAGAAUGGUUGCAUAUUUGGGCAUAUUGGAUAUUUAGAAAAUAUCGAACUUUCAAGUAUUACUAGUUUUUUAGCAAAAAAAAUUGUUCCUAAUAUUAGAGCAUCCUAAAUUCUAUUAACUUGGAAAAAAUGCCCCAUUAUUUUGUAAGUCCCUUGUAUCCCUAUCUCUCGAUGUUCAGUACUUUCACCCCUGUAGGAUUAUUGUAAGUUGAGGAAGUUUUAUUUUUUCGUUUCAAGGGUUCAGGUAAUAGAUGCCGAUGAAUAUACAAAAACGGAAUUGUUUCAAGAGGAUCUCAUUCAAGGACGUCGAAUAGUUGACUAUGAAUAUUUCAUUAAGUGGAUCACAAUGGCCCAGGCUGUACAUUCGCAAAAGUGCAAAGGUCUGUUGUGUCCAUAUGAAGAAAGUUUUAAAUCUAUGGUCUCCACGUUAUUCUUGAAAUGUAAUGUGUGUGAUGUCAUCGUGUGUGGAUACUCGGAAAAACCUAGCUCAAAAAAGAGACUAAGGUUUUGCCUUGACUGGGGAAUUCUCUGCAGCGGUGGAACAUUUACAAUGGCAGAAGAGCUUUUUUCCUUUCUCAACAUGCCGUUUACAUCCAAAAACUCGUUCAUUAGGGAUGAGACCUCUAUGGAUGGAGUAAUUGAAGCAGCGCUCGAACAAUCCAUGAAUAAUGCCAUCGAAGAAGAGAAAACGGCAGUUAGUAAGGAACUUGAACAGCAUGGUUUAGUACCUAACCAACAAGAAAUGGUUGAGUCAUGUGCGGCUUUGGAUGGCUCCUGGGGCCAACGAAGUAACGGUCACCGAUAUAAUUCGGCAUCUGGAUGUGCAGCAAUAAUGGGUGUCAGAUCCAAGAAGGUUUGCUACGUGGGGGUCCGAAAUAAAAGAUGCUUUGCAUGUUCUCUGAAUGUACGCCGAGCUAAGAAUAAAAAAGAAAUACGGAACCAUAAGUGUUAUCGUAACUAUAAAGGGGCUUCCGGAGGCAUGGAACCUGAUAUAAUAAUCGAAGGAUUUGAAAAACUACACAAAAAAGGAAUAAAGUUUACUACCGUGGUAACAGACGGAGAUUCUACAACCGUUGCGCGACUGAAAAAUAAAUGCAAAUACGGUUCUGAAAUUCGCCAACAACUCUGUUGCAACCAUGCGAUGAAAAGCCUUGGAAAGCGUCUUAGAGAAAUAAAAUGUCCGAAACAAUUUUCUGAUAUUGUAUCAAAGUCAAUUGAACGCAUAACACGAGGAAUUCGAUCAGCUAUUAAGCAUUGUGCCGAAGAGACAAACGGUCAAGAUAUCGAGGGUUUGAGACACGAUAUAAGGAAUGCCCCCUUCCACGCCUUCGGUUCUCACGAUGAUUGCCGAUCGUAUUUUUGUACAAACAAAGAGAAUGUCGCUGAUUCUCGCGGGAUAAUAUCUGAUUUGAAAUGCGCUGGAAUAUGGGAUAAGAUCAUGUUGGCUGUAGAAAAAACUGCCGCUAAAGCCGAGUUUUUUAGCGAAAAUCAAACAAGUAACUUGUAAGUCGUUAUAGAACAACAUAGGGUGACAUUGGGUAUUAUCAGCAGGUUUGUUCCCUUCGUCAUGAGAGGUUUUUGUCGACCGAAUCACCUGAAACUUGGUCGUGUAAUUCGGCUUGGUUGUGAAGGAUUUGAGGUCAACUUUGAGUUCAAUAGGUCUCAGAAACACCCCAUGACGAAAAGAACAAAACGACCGAAAAUAUCCAAGUUCCACUAGCUGAUAUAGUGUUAUGACUGUUUUUUUUUCACUAGGGUUGAAAACUUGUACUGUAGGCUGAGUAAGUACAAUGUGGGCAAGCGGAUCGAUACAAUGAGCAGGGGCUCAUAUCAGAGGAGAGUGUAUAUAACAGUACUUCAACAUAAUGAAGGUUACAAGUGGCACGACAGAUCUAUGUUCGAGUAUACCGGAGAGAAUCCCGGAUACUGGCUUCGUCGUUUGUUCCAACGGAAAACUGCUUCAUUUUUGUAUACUAAAAAAAUGCAGAACAGUUCAGGCUUUGUGAGGCGGAAACCAGUGCCAUAUGACGAAAUAGAGAAAGAUUAUGGAGUUGAUGCAGUAGAAGCUUCUGAGCAAGAGAUGAACAUAAUUGUUGACGCUUCAAGCAUGAAGCGAAUGUAUGAGCCGAGCGAGUCUACUAAACAGUUAUUGAAAAAGGACGUAACUAUGUCACAAAUGGAGGAGUUUGCAUUUGGGCGUAUAUUGUCUAAAUAUGUUCCGGAAAUAAUAAAUUCAAGGGAAUCUACGAAGCAGAAAAAGUGCGAUUUCAUUCUCCAAACAACAAAUACGUGGAAUUAUCUCAAGACGAAUCGUCCGAUCAUCAGUCUUAUUCUGCGUUCUUUGAAAGAUCGACAUUCGAUUGUGAUGGGCGGAAACAGAAUAUAUAUUGAUUCAUGCCACAAUUUUCUCUGCUGUGUGCCAGAUGCUGUAUCUGACGAUGGUUCAACGGUGCUGUUGAUAAAAAGAAAUCAUCGGAAAGCAAUAAAAGAAGCCGUGCGCAAAACUAAAGGAAAAAAACCGAUGGUUGACAGGGCUACGUUUAUUGAAGCACAGGCAAUGAUGCACAUAUGUGAUGCGACGAAAUGUGUGGUCGUUAUGCUCGAUUCCAAUCACCAGACUGAUUAUCUUUUACAUGAGCUUGCUUACGAUGACACGUUUUUCAAAGCACGCCUCAUUGCUAAGAUCACAGAAUUCUUCGAAACCUUCAUAUCAGUAAAGGUUUCGACUAAUGAAUUGAAUGUAAAGAUAUGAUUAGGAUUAAGAUUAAGAUUUGAUUGAUUAAGAAUAAAGAGUAUAAAUAACCCGAGUAAUACAUAUUUAUUCCCUCUCAAUUAUGACGUAAACAUAUUCCUUCACUUUUGUUUUAAACUACUAUCUGCAAUACCCAAGCUAAUAACUAUACCGUCCCGUUACUUCAGCAUGGUACAUAAAUAUAAGCAUUGGAAAACUAAAUGAUAACAAAAGUUACAAGAUCAUUUAGGUGGAUUGAUCACAGCUCUGAUGUAAACACUGUUUUGACAGUUAUUUUUUUUAUAAGUAGUCGUGAAUGAAAUUGUAACACUAAUACAAUCAAUAUAUGUGAAUAACGUUUUCGUUCACCAAUACUACCAAAAAUUUUGUAAACACUCAAGCAACCUUCACCUUAACCCUCAAAGGGUUAUUACCGCAUAGAAGAAAACAGGCAUAGUGUGCGUUUUUAAAUUUGUUUGUUUGGUGGAGAUCUCAGGUGAAUAUUCAACUGUCACUGUUGGACGUAAUGGCUGACGGCUGAACAAAUGCAUAAUGAUGGUUUUGAACUGGAUCAGGGGAUAUUCUCGUUACACCAAGUCAAGCGCCGGUGGUCGAUUUCGUCGAUCGUUAGUGUGGUGUGUGUCUCUCUAGCCAGAGCUAGAUAUCGUUGGAAAUAAACCGAUGUCUUGGUCUCUGCUGGGGCUCAACCCGAUCCAGGCACGAUGAACUUAUUUCACAACGUUUUUGAGGCCAUUUUCGGAGCAGGAUACCGUUUGAUCUCAUCAAGCUCUAGUAAAACGCGUCAGUAUUUUACAACCUUUUUCAAGUAUGGAAGCUGAAGAAUUUCAGAGAAUCCACCAACCCGAUUUUUUAAUAGAAUACGAUAGAGCAUCUGUCUCAGAACAACUGGACUGGACAUACAGGGGAUACUCAAAAUAACUGGGACAGGUAAAAUUUUCACUUAUCAAAAAAUGUAACCAGCUGUAACUUUUCGAAUAGGGCAUCGAAUAUUAUCAAAUUUUUACUUUAGGUUCAUCAACUAGUUGUAUAUCACCGGUCAAUAUUUGGAAAAGAUCGGACAAUUCUAAUCAAAGUUAUAAAUGUUCUAGAAAAAGGUAUAAUUAUUCGAUAGCUAACUUUGAGCUGUUAUAUCUCCGGAUUCAAUAAACCGAAUGCAAUGAAAUUUUGAUCAUUUAUGACUUAUAUAAUGAGCUAUUAAACACUUUUGACUAAAUUUAAAAUUAUUUAUACGAAAGAAAAUCAUAACGACUAGAUUAUUUUUCUAAUAUAACACCAAUUUAUCCAAAAUUUUAUCAUCGUUUCAAAAUUCGAGAUUAAUUACUAUCAUUUUAUUUUAAUUUCCUACAGUUCAUUUUAAUUUCCUCU